AUGUUACUAAGCAGUCGCGACGCGAGAGAGCACAGUCAAGGUGGACUAUGCUCGAGAAAUACCACAAUGCUCGCGUCCUCCAUGGUUAUCGCGCAUGGAAUAAGUUCUAGUGUGUAAUGUGACGAUUUAUUUUUAAGUAUUUCGGUUGAAGAAGGUGUCAAAUAACCGGCAAAAUGUAUUACUCUUCGGAGAGUUCGGAUAGUGAGAACACGGCCGAGUCUCAUAGCUUGGACUUCUCCUACCUGAUGCUGGACACAGACUCUCUCGCGAUGCAUUUGAGGAACAGCGUGCGCGAGCAGCAGCUGAACAGAGAAGAACAAGUCAAACAGUACGUUACAGCAUGUGAUAAAUCAACAGAAACUAGUCAGAGGAACUGUGAUAGUGGCACAAGGCCCCGGAAUUCUGAGCUUAGACUAGGUGUGGACGACAUGAUGGCCGAGCUAGUCGUUUCUUCUGCUGAGGCUGACAACCAGGAGGAGGAUAGUGGUUGUGAUACAGUCACUGAGAAGUUGUUCUUGCAGCACAACAUGCUUUUAACAUUACCCUUUGAAGUAGUUAAGUUUGCAAAUCUGAAGAUGCUAGAUCUGUCUAACAACAGCUUGACACAUGUGAAUGACUUCGUGUUGCAUCUUCCGGAGUUGCAAACCUUGUACCUCCGCAACAAUAGUUUGACAGACGAUUCACUACCUAAAGAACUGUCAACUCUCUCUAAACUAAGAGAAUUGAAUCUGAGUGGGAAUCAGUUCACUGCAGUGCCAACUCAACUCUAUGAGAUGAGUGCUUUGAAGUACCUGUACCUUGGAAACAACAGGAUUACAGAAGUCUUACCGGACAUCAGAGCCAUGCAAGGAUUGCAAGUGCUUCAUCUUGGGGGGAACUGCCUGGAGUCCGUCCCAGAUGAAUUAGGGGAGCUACAGCAGCUCGGAGCACUUGUCUUGUGUGACAACCGCCUGUGCGAUCUUCCACGAGCAAUUUCAAAUCUCACACGCCUGCGCUCUCUUCUUCUCCACAAAAAUAAUCUGUGUUGUCUUCCAGUUGGGGCCGUCAAGCUAAGAAGUUUAACAGAGUUGAGUCUUCGAGACAACCCCCUUGUCACACGGUUUGUCAAUUCUUGUGCACGGGAACUCAUGUACAACUCACCCACACUUCUGGAGCUGGCAGCCCGGGUUAUAAAACUGAAGAAGAUUCAAUAUACAAAUGAGGAUCUCCCACAAACCCUUAUCACAUAUUUGAGUUCUGGACAGAGAUGUGUUAAUCCCAAAUGCAAAGGCAUGUACUUCACAUCCUGUGUGGAACAUAUAAAAUUUGUUGACUUCUGUGGAAUGUACAGAGUGCCUUUAAUGCACUACCUGUGUUCUUCACGGUGCUCCUCAAAGACGCCAGCUUACUACCGGGCUUCAUCUUCAGAGUCAGAGAGCGAAGAAGACGAACAACCAGCAGCUAGGAUGAAGAGAGUUUUGCUGGGAUAAAUUUGAUCUGCGAGUGUUUUGCAGCCUGAAACUUGUUAAAGACUGCAUGUGAUGGGAAAAUGGAGAGUUGAUAGGUAGUGUUUUAGACUCGGUGACAUUGAGAUAAAUCAGUAAUCCUUAGUGAUGUGUGGUGUGUUAUGCCCUUGUUACAGAUGAUAAUAGAAGUGAUGGAACACUAAUUGCCAGAUAAUCUCAAGGAGUGGGGGUUUUUGAUGAAGGAAAAGUCCAUUACUGUUUGCCCUAUUUUUAUGGUUCCAAGUCUGUUAGAUUUAGUUUUUUAAUGCCUGUUUUUUUGCAGUAUUUCUUCUCUGAUUAUUAAACAUCUGCCACAGAUUAGAGUAGAACACAAGAGACAUUUGAUAUUCAAAGAACAUAUUUUUAAUUUUUUGUGAUGAUAUGAAAUAUUGAUAUAUGUGAAUAGGAUGUUUUUAAUAUGAAUCUGCUUCCUAAAAGUUUGGCAGCAAGGAAACUUAUAUUAUUUCUUAAUAUGUGGUAUACUGUAGUGGUAUGCAGAUAAAAGAUUAAUACAAUGUUAUGCCACAUUAAAGCAGAAUAGAUUUCUGACAAAAUCUGAGGAAUGAGAUCAAACCAUCAUCAUUUUCCUCACAAUUCUCUCUUCUCUUUCUCUUUGAAUUGGAGGUGGAAGUAAGAAAAUACCACUUUUAUCUUUUUUUUUUUUCUUUUGUUUUCUAAUAUGAGGAAAACAAAACUCAGUAUUUCAAAUAUUAUUAUCAAAAUUUCAGUGAGAACAUGCUUUAUUCAAUUACUGUUUUGCCUAUGCUUAUCUCAUAAAUUAGAAUGACUGUAGUGUGAAAUCACAAAUUUGUGCAUUGAUAGCUUCAUUUCAUAUACAAGUUAUCUAUACCUUGCAACUUUAUUUUGAAAAUUUUUUUUUUUUUUUUUU